AUGUCGAUGAAUGGUAAAUCGGCGUUGGUCACCGGUGCGGGCUCGGGCAUCGGCCGAGGCUUGUGCGCGCGCCUCGCCCGGGAGGGAGCAUCGGGAAUCACCAUGGUGGACCUUUCCGACGAUGGUCUCGCCAAGACCAGCGCGCUGGUCUCCGCUGCGAACCCGAAGUGCGUCACCCGGCUGAUCAGUGCCGACGUGGCCAACGCUGAGGAUCUGGAGCGGGCGUUCCGAGGGCACGUCCGCGAGUUUGGCGAUCUUCAUGCGUGCUUCAACAACGCGGGUAUCGGCGAGCGCGCGAAUUGGAGAUCGGUGGUCGAUGUCAAUCUGAACGCUGUCAUCCAGGGGACGAGGCUCGCGGUGGACGCCAUGAGAGGCAAGAUGGGUUCCGCCAAAACAUCCUCUUCCGACCGCGUUGUGGUCAACGUCGCCUCCGCCGGUGGAGUAUUUCCCAUGCCUCAGGCUCCCGUGUACUCCGCCACGAAAGCCGCGGUGGUUCUGUACACGCAAUCCCUCGCGCAUCUCCACAAGACGCACGGCGUUAGGGUCAACGCACUCUGCCCGCAGUUCACGGACACCGCCCUUGUGCAAGGGCAGUUUCAGGCCAUCGGCGAGGCUGGGGCCAAGGCGCUCCUCGCGCAGACGGGUGGCGAGCUGCUGACCGUCGAGCAGGUGGUGGAUGCAGCGAUGGAGCUCGUGCGAGAUGAGACCAAGGCGGGCGCGGCACUCGCCGUGAUGAACAGAGGGGAUAGUAGCGGGGGAUUUGUCGCGUAUGUCCCUGCGCCAAAUCCAAAGUUUUGGAAACGCAUCAGAACGAGUAGCCUUGUGCCUGGGAUGGGAUCGGAUGCAGUCGGGAGGUAUCCCGCUCCGUCGUCCCUGCCGUCGACGUUUCGCAAGGUGGUGGUACACCUACUUUCCGCGGACUUUGCCUCUGCAACCAAGAUCGUCGACGUACCGAUGCCGCGACCUGCAGCCGGCGAGGUACUCAUUGAACGCCGCUACACCGGAGUGAAUGCGUCCGAUGUCAACUUUUCUGCGGGGAGGUAUUUCGGUGGUGCUAAGCAGGCUGCAUCGAAACUCCCCUUCGACGCGGGGUUCGAAUCGGUCGGAGUUGUGGCGGCUGUGGGGAGCGGAGUGAAGCUGCAGCCAGGGCAGCCUGUCGCGACGCUCACCUACGGAGGGUUCAGCGAGUACGCUGUCGAGAGAGCCGAGUUGGUGAUGCCGGUGCCAGAGGCGUCUCCCAGGGCCCUCGUAAUGCUCACCUCGGGUCUGACCGCAAGUCUCGCUCUGGAGAUGACGGGUGGAAUCCCGCUGGAUGACGCCCUGCGAGGGGGCUCUGCGAAGGGGAAACCAAAGACAGUUUUGGUCACCGCCGCGGCGGGUGGCACUGGUCAGAUCGCGGUACAGAUCGCAAAGCUCGCGGGACAUCGCGUAGUUGCCACCUGUGGAGGUGAUGCUAAAGCUAAGAUGCUUACUGAUCUCGGUGUUGAUAGGGUGAUCAACUAUCGCAAGGAAAAGGUCCGAGACGUCCUUAGGAGAGAGUUCAAGCAGGGUGUCGAUGUUGUGUAUGAAUCGGUGGGUGGCGAGAUGUUUUCGGAUGCGAUGGACGCGCUCGCUCCGAAGGGCGUCUGCAUUAUCAUCGGGAUGAUGAGUCAAUACACUUCGGGUGGAUCCGAUGCCAAGAGCGCGUGGGUUCCGAGCAACCACCCUGGACUGCCGGAGAAACUGCUCUGGAAGAGUGCGAGCUUGCGUGGGUUCUUCCUGCCGCAAUACGCCGCUCACUUCAAGAGGCACCUCACAGGUCUGUUCAGGUUGAUGCAGAAGGGGCAGCUCAGAGGGGAGAUCGACCCGACGCGGUUCGCCGGUCUGGAGGCGGUGAACGACGCGGUCGCACACUUACAGGGUGGUAAGAGCAUAGGGAAGGUGGUGGUUGAC